GAAAAAUAAUGGCUGCCAUUUCGAAUCAUAACCCAAAGAUUUCUGAUGGUAUCUUUAGGUCACUCCAGGAGCCCACUGAAAAUGAUGAAACUGUGGACACACACAGGUUCCUAAGUGCACCAGAAAGCAGAUCCUGCCACUGCAGCCAGAGACUGUGCCACUCUCGGCCAUCUUCCCAGGUAGAACCACUAAAUCAAAGGCCUACCCUCAGAGGUCAAUCUUCAUGUGAAAAUAAUGAAUGUGAAGUUGGCAACAUUGAACCAGAGAGAGAGACAGAUGCUACAGCUGUAAGAAACACACAACAGGUAGUUUGUGGUGCUGAGGGAAUUACAGGCAGACAGAAGGGUCCUGAUAGCCAUAUAUUUUGUAGCCAUGAUAAGACAAACACCAGAGAUGAUGCUGUAAAUCAAAUCAGACAGAAGGGUCCUGAUAGCCAUAUAUUUUGUAGCCAUGAUAAGACAAACACCAGAGAUGAUGCUGUAAAUCAAAGUAUUAAAAAUAUUACUAGUGCUAGAGAGGCUGUUAUGUCAGGAUCUCUAUUUAAUGUUCCUCUGUAUGGGGCAGCUAACGAGAGUGCUGAAGAAGGAAUGGCAUUCAUGCAACAAAAUAUGCUUCAAAGCAACCAUUCUGGAAAAGAAAAUUUCCAUCAUAUGCUUGAAAAUGAAAGGAGCCGUUGCCAGUCUCUGCCAAACUAUCAUAUUUCAAGAAGAGAGGCAUGCUCUUGUUCUAAGGGAAGAGGGGCUCAUCAGUGUGUUAUUAGAGGUAGUGAAGAAGGCACAAUGGAGAUUGUGCAUCCAGAGUCUGUGGCCAAUAUGGAGGUUGUACGAGAUCCAGCCUCGGCUGAAAAACAUGUGUUUGUAGUACAGCCCUGUUUUUCUCAGUUGAGCCAAACUGAAGGAAGGCAGCAAAUCUGUCCACAGCAACCACUGGCCAUCCCGUCUAGUUUUCUUGAACCAAGAACUGAGAAUCCACAGGUGGAUAUCCGCAUGGUGGAAAGAAUGGUGGCUUAUGGGGCUACGCAAGAUUCGGUUCAUUCUGAUAAUGAGCUGCCAAGUGUGAAACACAUUGCAUCCACCCAAGAAGCUAGAGUACCGGCAACAGAAAGUGAUGUUCGGGGGCAGUCAAAUUUUGCUUAUAACUCUGUGCUUAAGUUAGAUGGUGAAAACAGAACUGGAGAAAACAGUUUGAAACAGACAAGUAAAUACCCAAGCAUAGGUCCAGAUCAACAUUCUUGCCUUGCAAAUAAGAAUGUUUCACCUUCUCCAGGGGCCAGCUACAUCAUUGUAAAUAGCAUCCCCAGUAUGAAUACCACUACAAGAGCUGUGGCUCAGAACUUAAGCAACCAAAUGAGGAGAAUGGAGAGUGGUGUUGGAGCCUCAAACCUUGAAGCUUACCCAGUGAAAGAAAGCUCAAAAUCGUGUGGAGUUUCAGCAAUAGGAGCUGGAGAACCUAUGUUUAGUGACCCUAAAGAUGACUCCGGUAGUCUAAAGAAAUGGUCAUUUGGCCAGCAGAAAUCACAGGAAAGUGGUUAUGAUGUAAAUAGAGAUCAGCAAGCUGUAGGCAAGUCAGUGGACACCAAAAAUUUAACUCUCCUAACUUCAGCUGCUGAGGAUGAUAUGAAGAAGCAAAAUACUGAAAAUGGAGGCAGUGUGAGAGAGCCAUUAGGGUCAUGGGCUGCAGAGGGUGGGGCUGCUGCACCAGUGCCCUCUACCUGUCAAUGCCAUAGUGCUCAGAAUGUUAUUCCUGAAAAAGAUUUUUAUGUAGGAAGCCAAAGCCAGUUAUCCAACUUAAACAGUGGCACAUUUACCACCAAGACUAACAUAGUAGAUAACAACAUGGAUCUGUCAAGUGAUGAUUCCACUUCAUUGUUGAAAAUGUCUUCUUGUGAGAAGUCAAAAGUGGAACAAUAUGACCAGCUGGAGGUAGCUGAUUUGCCAUUGGACUUACUCCACGAGUUAGAACAGUACUUGGAUCCAGAGAAGCCCCUCAUUAAAGACUGGCGCCAUCUGGCGAGCAUCCACAAAGUGAAGAAUAGGCAGAUUCAGUAUAUUCGUUCUAAUUUUCGUAUUCCCAGUCCCACAUCCCAGUUGUGGCAGCUUCCAGAAUUUAAUGGCUAUACAGUUCUGCAGCUUAAACAGGAUUUAAGGAAAAUACAGAGGCUGGACUGCUUGGCUAAACUUGAGGAUUACAUUGAAAAUCACAUGGAGUUGCACUAAAACUUUGCAAAACUGUCUGUUGAAUUCUUGGAAUUCACCGUAGGAUGAGAGAUUUUUGCUCAUAAAUACUAUCUUAAUGAGUUAUUAUUAUUAUUAUUAUUAUUAUAACUUAAAGCCAUUAUUAGUUAAAAUCAACUAAGAUGCAUUUACUUUGAAGCUAUAGUGACUGUCAAGUGAAUAUCUCCAUUGUGGACAUAGCAAAAUAUUUUUCUUUGUCAUUUACAAUUUUUUUGUGUAUUUAUUUACACUGUGUUUGACUUCUAAAAACAUUAUGUACCUAUGAUGAGCAAAGAAACAAAGAUAUUUAAUGUUAUUUUAAGAUCAUGAUUUCACAAUGCAUUGUAAUACAUAGUGUUAAAAUUGUAUUGUUAAAAUUGAAUGUAUAUAAUAAUACUGCUUAGCAUGCAAUACCAAGUCUGCUUUUAAGAUUAUAAUAUUUAAUAUUUGAAAGCUGCCUUGUACAAAAGUAUUAAAAAAUAAAACUGCU